CCUAUUUCACUAACCAGUGACGAAACUGCCAUAUCACGCUCUUUUAAUCCAGGCAGCACUAUUCAUAGUUCAGAUCAUAUCGUGCGUUCCACCAAACCGCAAGCAACUACGUUCACCAUGUCCGAAUACGACGCCGACGAAUUACAAGCACCCGUUUGGCUAAACGAUAGCUUUUUGGAGCAUGCUGUGCAAAAUUUUGAAAAGGAUUCUUCGAUCAAGAUCAUCAACGGUUGUGAGCUGCGCCCUGCUACCAAAGGUGGAGACCAUUAUGCCAGUAUAAUGUUCCGUACAACCGUGCGGUACCGUUCGGAGCGUCAACUAGAUGAGAAAACUCUAAAACUAGUGAUCAAGGCCCAACCGACAGCCGAGGGCUUCAAGAAAGAACUCACGAAAGAUAAUUCCCUAUUUGGAACGGAAAUCAAAAUGUACAGCGAAAUACUGCCAGCAAUGAAGAAACUGUUGGAGGACGCUGGCGAGCGAAUGGAAUUUCCGAGAUUGAUAUAUGCUGCAACCAAUCCGAAUGCCGUAAUCAUGCUGGAAGAUAUCGCGCCGUAUGGAUGGUUGCCUGGACGUACGCCAGUUAGAAGUUUCGAAGAAGUGCUUUUCACCGUACGAAACAUAGCAAAAUUUCAUGCCACAUCUUUGUAUCUUCAACAAUCGACCAUGGAUCUCUCCGGUUUCAAUGUAGACCAGUUCUGGACUUCCGGACCGGUCUUCGCCAUCUUCAGUCGGGGAUUCGAUGAGUUGUGUAGCGGACUUGCGGCGUGGCCAGAAUGUGCGGUGUACGUCGAGAAGUUCAGAAACCUUAAAGACUCAUUUCAGGAACGUUGCCAACAAGUCUUCGCAGCUAACCCUCCUUCAGAAGGUUACAACGUACUCAACCACGCCGACUUCCAGUUUAAGAAUUUGAUGCACAAAAAGGACUCGGAAGAUCGCAUCGUUGACUCCAUGCUGAUCGACUUCCAGUGCUGUCACUGGGGAUCGCCGGCCAUCGAUGUAUUGUCGCUGGUAGACUUGAUUGUUGAUAUGGAAACCAAAAUGGCUCAUCGGAAUGAGAUUAUCUAUGAAUAUUAUCAACACUUUGCGAUGAUUUUAAGAAAAAUUGGAUACACGGGAAAAAUUCCGAGUCUCGUAGACUUGCAAGUAGAGUUGCUAAGGAAAGGUUUUCAAGAACUCGUCCACACCGCCGUUGAAUCGUUCAAGUAUGCUGAUCUGACUGAGUCAACCUUCGAUGAUUAUAAUGCUGGAAAUUUGGAUAUCAAUAAGUGCUACAUCGAUAAAUCAUUUCUCCGUUUUAUUUGUACUGAAUUAGAAUCACUUCUGUACCGAGGAUUAUUGGAAGCAGAAUAAAAAUCUAAUGGAAAGUUAA